UUUUGACGCUCAUCAACUUGUUAGUGUUAUAAACGAGAAUUGCAAUGAAGUAAAACUUGAAAACAAGUCACAGCUUUUGAGUAUCUUAGAAUUAAUCACCAUGGCAUCCGAGAAGGUAGUACAACGUGAAGUUGCCAGGCUUGUAAAUGCAGAAGAAAAAUAUGUAUGCUCCCUCGAUGCUAAAUCGAUUGUGAAAGCCCAGAAGGAAUUAAAAGAGAAUCCAAAGGAAAGACAAGCAAUUGUUGAUCAACUUCGAAAAUGGAUUAUGGAACAACCCCAUUUCAAAUGUUCAACUGGUAAGGGGGAUAAAUGUUUUACCAAGGUAAUGGAAAUAGG